CAGCCCAGAGAAGGGCGGAGCUAAGGGGAUGGCGCCAGCACCUCCAGCGCCCCUCCUGGUUGUAGUUCUCAAUUAGGUCCGACAGCAUUUUAUAUCUACCCAGGUUACACUGGAGCAUUUCACUCGUUCCAACCACUGUCUGCGGAGAGUUCGCCAUGUCUGGACGCGGCAAGGGAGGCAAAGGCCUUGGUAAAGGCGGCGCCAAGCGCCACCGCAAGGUGCUACGCGACAACAUCCAGGGCAUCACCAAGCCCGCCAUCCGCCGCCUGGCCCGCCGCGGCGGCGUCAAGCGCAUUUCCGGCCUUAUCUACGAGGAGACGCGCGGAGUGCUGAAGGUCUUCCUGGAGAACGUGAUCCGCGACGCUGUCACCUACACGGAGCACGCCAAGCGCAAGACCGUCACGGCCAUGGACGUGGUCUAUGCGCUCAAGCGCCAGGGACGCACGCUCUACGGCUUCGGUGGCUGAACUAUUUAAAUUUCUUUCGCUAUUUCCCCAAAGGCCCUUUUCAGGGCCGACCACUU